AUGCUGAAAGCCCUCGUCGACCGACCGUUUCUGACUUUCCGAACGGUACACCGGUCUUACCAUGUCACCAGAACUUGCCUUUCUUCGGAAAAGUCAUCGACAGUUGCCAAAAACGCUGUAGAGGCUACGUCACCCAAACCAGACCGUCCAAAUCCCAAAAAACGCAAGUCGCGCACACUCAAGGUUCCUCAAAACCCCACGCCCCUGCCUGAACGGAUUAGUCUACCAGAGAUAUCUCUCCUUAAAGAAGUACGCGAACUAGAGAAAAUCCAACCAAUCACGAUUGAAGAUGUGGAACGGUAUCGACCAGCCGACCCCCCCAACCCAGCCAGGGCAGACUAUGAAAAGAACUACAAGAAACUGUCCCAACACAUCUCCAGGUCGUUCAAGAGAGACCAGCUUCUCAAGAUCCUUGAGCUCUACGAUGCAAGAACCGUCGUAGCAUCACAAGCCAAGGCCACGAAAAACAGCCUGGUCGCGAUGCUUCUCAGACAGUGGGGGUGGACACAGCCUGAGACGAGUACCGAGUCCGUGGUCCACCUGAAGGCCAACGAAGCCUCACUUGUCCUUAGAGACACCAGGGGUCACAACAUAAAACGACUAGCCCAGAGUCGUCGUGUUAACCUCCGCUAUUCCCGUGAAACAUUGUCUUUGCACGUCUCCGGAAAGGAAGAACACGUCAAAGAGGUCGCGUCCGCUGUUACCGCCCUCAAGAAGGACCUAGUGGAGAAAGAGUUCCGAUUGCCAUUUUCCUCGGGGGUAAAUGGAGCACAAUUGGACGGCAUAUUUCUUUCCUCUGGAGCAUUCGUGGAGAAACUCAAUGAUACAAAUUUCCGAAUAUCCUACUCGAGGUCCUUCCCCGAAUCCGCCACCCGAGCGAGGCAGAAUUUAAUCAAGAUUGGCUACACGAAUAUGAACUCAAUCCAGGAGCCCUUGUUUGCCUUGAACUCCUCGAAUGUCAGCGAAAGCACCCCCUUACUAGCUUAUCCUUUUACACCUGUGCAAAGCCUCUUCAACACAAAGGACAAGUCAAAGGUGUACAGGAUAUCCAGGAGCGCAGACAGCCCCAUUCCAGCUCCUUUUACUACUCCGAGAGAUGAUCAGAAUCUCCUUGAUUUGCGCAAAUGGUUCCAUUCCAUUCAGUUGGAACACGGCGCCAAAGUAACUGUUGAGUCCUUCCCCGGUAACAGAGUCUUCCAGAAGGCUGGAGGCCAGAACGAGCCACCUAUACCUCACUGCGACAUCUCCUCCCAGAGUGUUGUUCAGUCCAUUCGAAGUGCUUUCCCUCGCAAUUCGAGCUUUCACCCUCGCCUCCCAGACACUGUCUUCAAAUUAUCGAACAUUUCGAACCAAACAUAUCAUCGCCUAGUAUACAGCGCGGUCCCGUCUGAUUCUUCGACUGAGUCCAGUCCUCCCUCGAUUUUCAGGUUCUUUGUGGUGGUUGACCUCACGCGGGAAUCCCUUCUUGCCCACCAGUAUCCGGACCUUUUUGUGGGGCUGAAACCUGCAGAAAAUGGUGGCGACAGUACGACCUACUAUGCCUUGUGCGACCGAGGCUGGAGACAGGGUGUCGACCUUCUGCUCCCGGAUAGCUCGUUUGAUGUGAAGUUAUGCGUGAGUGCAAUGCAGACUCUACGCCUACCAACCCCUUUCCAAGAUUACAUCGACGAACUUAAUGCGAGGUCGUUCGACAACUCCAUCCCCGGCGUGGAGCCGCCGCUGUAUUUCUACCACGAGGGUCAGCUGCACGUCUUGACAUCCUCAGAAAUCGUUCGAAGUGCGUUGAAAGAAUUACCUCGCGCAACCGAUGAAGGUCCCGCGUCACGAAACCUCUUUACCGAAAUCGCUGUCGACAUGAAUUCGCGUAAGUCGGAAUCAACUUGCCACGCUUCUACCACCCUGGAUACCUCUGAGGAGAGUUGGGAUCGGUUUGUCCAGCAGCUCAUUCAAAUAGCCAAUCUUGAGACAGGAGCUGCAUGGGCAUCGCUUCCCAGCAGUCCUUAA